AUGGGUAUAGCUGCGACAGGUUCGACAGACCUGGCAUUCGAAGUCGCCAAAGCAACAGCAAAAGAGAUUGCUGCCUGUGGAAUCAACUGGAUAUUCGGACCCUGUCUCGAUGUGCUCACCAAUGCUAGGAAUCAGCCGCUCGGUGUGAGAACAGCGGGCGAUGAUCCACAGGAAGUCUCUGCCUUUGGAUGCGCGUUUAUGCAAGGCUAUAAAGAGGCUGGAGUUGUCACGUUGGGCAAGCACUUCCCGUCAUAUGGCAAUCUGGAGUUUCUUGGCUCAACACUCGAUGUGCCCAUCAUUACAGAAUCGUUAGAGCAACUCAGCCUUAGUGCUUUGGUCCCUUUUAAGAAGGCUAUAGAAAGAGGCUUGGACUCAAUGAUGGUCGGUGGAUGCGCCAUGUCCUCGGCGGGUCUCAACGCAAUGCACGCAUGCUUGUCAGAGCAAGUCGUGGACGAGCUACUACGGAAAGAUCUACAAUUCAACGGAGUUGUCGUAUCAGAAUGUCUCGAGAUGGAUGCUCUUAGCCACAAUAUUGGAGUGGGUGGGGGCACAGUCAUGGCUGUCAACGCUGGCUGUGAUGUUGUGCUUCUAUGUCGCGCGGUUUCGCUGCAACAAGAAGGGCUCAAGGGACUCAAGACUGGGGUUGAGACUGAGAUGGUGUCGAAGCAAAGAAUAUACGACUCGCUCAGCCGGGUUUUGGCGAUGAAGGCAAAGUGCACAUCGUGGGAAAAAGCGCUCAACCCUCCUGGCCUCGACUACCUGGAAACCUUACAACCAUUGCAUACAGCACUUUCAACGAAAGCAUACAACAGCUCGAUAUCGGUGGUACGUGAUAAGAACAGACUGCUCCCCUUGACCAACAUACUCGAGAGCGAGGAAGAGCUGCUCCUGCUUACGCCCUUGGUGAAACCCUUGGCUGCAUCUGCUGCAUCUCGAGCUUUAUCUGACGUUGCUACUGCAAAUGCUCAUUCUCCCGAACCUGCCGCAUGGGAGCGGAGUGCGUCGGUCAUGAGUGUCACUGCGGAUGCUAAUCGCAACCUAUACCAGCAUGGCUUUACGAAACAUGUCUCGAUGAUCUGUAACAUGCAAUACACUACCGGUGGCGAGCGCCGUGAGAAACCGCUGAUAGUAGUAGCCGUCAGUUCGCCAUAUGACUUUGCUAUGGAUACUAGCAUUGGCACAUACAUUUGUACCUACGACUUCACAGAAACAGCCCUCAACUCGCUGGUCCGUGUGCUUUACGGGGAACUGUCGCCCACCGGUACGCUUCCAGGCACUAUCAGCAAGAGUCAGAAGCUUCAUCCUUCGAGGCAACAUUGGUUGGUGGAGAUUUUCAACGAAGAGCGGGAUGCUAACGCCCUGGACACUCUGGUAACAGCUGUGAUUGACAGUGCGCAGCCGAAUCAGCGAUCGGAGCUGUCCAGCGCCACGUCAAACUCUUUCAUUCUACAUCACCCAGAGAUUGAACAGUCUCAUUUCGUGGUCCGCAACAGCAGCACUCAGGCGCUAUAUGGCUUUUGUUCGACCUAUUUCUUCAAGUCGACGGGUACCGGCGUUAUCGGGGCAUUGUUUGUAGACCCAGGAAGGAGGAAGCUUUCAAUCGGCCACUCUCUUCACAACAGAGCUAUUAGGACGUUGUUACAGAAAGAGGGUAUCAAGCGAUUCCAACUGGGUUCACGGUUACCUAGCAUGUAUCUUGGCAUUCCAACCGGCCAUGGGUCGGAACGAAAGCGGCUAAGGUCAUGGUUUGCCAAUCUGGGCUGGGGUGCUGCGCUAUCUCGUCCAGUUUGUAAUAUGGUGGCGCGGAAUCUGCAGACGUGGAGCCCACCAGAUGGCAUGGCCAAGAGCCUGGAAAGUGCUGGUUCCCAGUUUGAUCUCGUUUACGGGUGGGACUAUGCGGGCCCAAUCCUCGACCACAUCAAGACAAGUAACCGGCAAGGACUUGCUGAAGUAUACAAGCUGGCACUUUCAGACCCAUCAGCAUGCGGCAUCAUCCGAGCGAAGCGGCCUGAAGACGGAGCUUUGGUUGGCACAGUAGUGCUCUACAACCACCAUUCCCGCCUAUCUGAGUACAUCCCUCCCCUCAAAGACCUCAACGAGGCUGCUGGAGGAAUUUCCUCUCCCGUGAUAUCGCCAGGGGUGGGUGAAUACUCGACGCUGCUCCAGGGCUUGAUCCUUCUCGGGAUGAGACAGAUCAAAGCGCAGGGGUGCAAUGCCUGUCUGCUCGACUAUAUGGAUGGAGACGGCAACUUUGAUGGGUUUUCGUCGAUGGGAUUUGACGUCAUGCACAACUUCGAGGAGGUGAGCUGCGAUGCGGCGACUUGGACCAUGAUUCCGCCGGCGUAA